UAAGUGUAUGUAAACUUCCGACUUCAACUGUAUAUGAACUAUAAAGAUAUUGUUGCCAUGCCAGUCUUUUUAGAUGAUACUAUGGAUGAUGCUACGUUUUUAGCACUUGCAGGUGGAUUGAAUUUAGCAAAUCAACCAGUUAUUUUAAGUUCUUCCAUGUGUUGUCUUCCAGCAAAGCUAACAGAACAAGCAGCUCUGUGCUUUGAAAUGGCAGAAGUUUUCACAAUGCUGCUCACUUCCUGGACUUAGUGUCAUACAUUUUUUGUGCAAGAGAGGAACUGGAGAAAAAUAUCCGUGGCUGAGGAUGACUAGUAAAAGAAACCGCACAAUGAAUGCAUGAACAGUAGGGUCUAACAGGAAAUAUUGUGUCCAGAGUUUUUAUUUUAGUCUGAAACGUUUUAACUAACUGGAUCUGAAUAUAGUAAGACUAGAGAAGGAGCUGUAACUACGUGUGGGCGAGUUUGUUGUUGCUGUUAGGAUGUCUCUGCUCUUUCAUUUGUUGUGGUGUUCUCUGGCAAGGCUGGGAUUGGAAAGUGCGUCUACUGGUCUAGUGAGUGACAGCAUCAGUCUUGGAGAAUUUGAAUUGAAGCUAGCUAUUUCUUAUGCUUAAUGCAAUAUGCUGUGUGCAUGUGUUUAUGAAUAACUUAAAGACCACUUCUCAAUAUUGUGAUUGUUCUACACUAAUGAAAUGGCCCUUUUGCUUGGAAAGGGAAUUGGGUCAAUUGACAAAAAUUUCUUCAGUAAUGUUGUAAGAAGACUGUCACAUUUGCAAAUAAAUGUGCUUAGGAAUGGAUUUUAACAAAUUUAAAGUUUAUAGAGGGUGGGGAAGAAAUUUGAGACAACUUGACAAUUUUCAUUGAGAUUUCCCUUUUAUAGUUCAUGACUUUCCAAAUCUCACAGUUUACACAGGGCCACCUGUUUCCAGAGCUUGUUUGUUAUAUUAACGUGCGUGUGUGUAUUUGGGUCCCAGGGACAGGUAGUAAUGUGGUGAUGUGCUGUAGUUCAUUCAUUCCUUGAGUUGAGACUGCCUCUAGGGAGCACUGAGAGUUUGCGAGGCACCGUACCAGUGAGACAGUGACUCAGUCUAGGCUGAGCUCUUGUGGUGCUUCUCCGUGGUCUGACCUCGGUUCCACAGCGUGCGCCAGUCACAGAGGAGCUCAACUUGAGAUCCUGAAGAGCCUCCUGUGUUUCAGUGAGUAUUGUGACAGCAGCAGGAGUAGUGCAUUGAAAAUAAGCUCCCGCAACGGGACUCGACGAGCUCAAACAGGACGGUAAAAUCCACAUAAUAGUCAUCUCUCAAAGCCUGCUGUCUUUAGACGUCGUUCCUCUUUUGAAGUGGGCCAUGAGGGCAGAAUGUUUGACGCUGGUUGCCUUAUUGGCGCUGGAAUAUGUGUGUCGGAGUGAAGCCAUGUCCACCUGUAAGUCACUGGACUUGGAGCUGGUGAAGAGGAAACGUAUUGAGGCCAUUCGUGGACAGAUACUGAGCAAGCUGCGGCUGCCCAAGGAGCCAGAGAUUGACCAGGAGGGAGACUCUGAGGAGGUCCCAACCUCCCUGAUGUCCAUCUACAACAUCACAGUGGAGCUGAGUGAGGAGCAGGUGCAGACGUACAUACCGCCCACUCGGGAUGCAGAAGAGGAGGCAUACUUUGCAAAGGAGGUCCACAAGUUCAACAUGAAACAAAGUGAGAACACCAGUAAGUACCAAAUGCUCUUCAACAUGUCUGAGAUGCGGUCUGUAUUGGGGACAGAUCGACUGCUCUCUCAAGCUGAGCUCCGUCUCCUCAUCAAAAAUCGUGGCAUGCACGACAGCAGUGAGCAGAGGCUGGAACUCUACAGAGGCACUGGAGAUAAGGCACGUUACAUGAAGUCCCAUUUUGUCUCAAAGGAAUGGGCCAAUCGCUGGGUCUCCUUUGAUGUUACACAGACUCUGAGGGAGUGGCUGAAAGGGGCUGGAGAGGAGCAAGGAUUCCAAUUGAAGUUGCCUUGUGAAUGUGGGAAAGCAAUGGAAGAAUUCCUCUUUGAAAUAUCAGGGAUGAACAAGCCAAGGGGAGAUAAAGAAACUCUCUUCACGAACAUGCCAAAGCCUCACAUUUUACUGAUGUCACUUCCUGUGGAACGCCACAGCCAGCUUAGCUCUCGGAAGAAACGACAAAGCACUACUGAAGAGAUCUGCUCAGACAAAUCGGAGAGUUGCUGUGUGCGAAAGCUUUACAUUGACUUCCGUAAGGACCUGGGCUGGAAAUGGAUCCAUGAACCCACUGGCUACUUUGCUAACUACUGCAUUGGCCCAUGCACCUAUAUAUGGAACACAGAGAACAAGUACUCCCAGGUACUGGCUCUGUAUAAGCACCACAAUCCUGGAGCCUCUGCCCAACCUUGCUGUGUUCCACAGGUCUUGGAGCCCCUACCCAUUCUCUACUAUGUGGGUAGACAACACAAGGUGGAGCAGUUAUCCAAUAUGAUUGUUAAGUCCUGCAAGUGUAGCUAGAAUUACAUAUAUAUCCAUUUUCUUAUUCAUCCUAUUUCCUUGUACUCAUGGAGUCCUAGCGAAAAUCUGGAUGUAGUCCAGACAUCAUUUCCCAAUGUUAAUAAUAUUAUUUGCCAUAUUUUCCAGCCGAGGAUUUCCCUAUUCAAUGAUUAGUGGAUGUUUUUUUAUUUAAAUUUUUUAUUUACAUAGUGGUUUAUGGAGUUUUUUAAUAGUUAUUUAGAUUUGCCAAUGUCCUGGGUGUGUCAAUAGACUUGUCUUAUUGUCAUUGUGUUUCAGUAUUUACAGUGUAUUCACAAAGUAUUCAGACCCCUUCUCUUUUUCCACAUGUUGUUACGUUACAGCCUUAUUCUGAAAUGGAUUAAAUUAAAUACAAAUCCUCAUCAAUCUACACCUGUAAAAAAGGUUGUCCCCCUCCUCUCCUCUCUACCUAACUUCCCCUUCACAGUCCCUUCAGUUUCCCUUAAGUCCCGUUAGUUUGGCUGCUCAGCCUACCUAAGUUAUCCCUCACCCAUCAUAGCCCUGCCAUUCCCAAACAAACAGAGUGCUUGGAAAGGGGCAUCUGGACACUGCACCCACCCGCUCAAGUCAGAGCAUUAUUGCUGUCUGAAUUUUAUUUAUUUUUAUUUUUAUUUAACCUUUAUUGGAUGGAGAAGACUCAUGUGUCUGAGGACUUUUUAUUGUCGACAGUAACAUGAAAGUCUGACUGUUGUGUGUGAGCGUCGAAAAUAACCACAACAAUAAGAAUCCAAAUCAUUCGGAUUACCAAAAUCAUAUAAACAUAGUGUGUGUGUGUGUGUGUGUGUGUGUGUGAGUGUGUGAGUGAGUGAGUGAGUGAGUGAGACUAUCAAGAGUACAGUGAUGGGCCUCAACAUCAUGUUCUAACCGGACAGCACUAUAGUGGGCAGAACCAAACCAAUCAGUUCUAAGUAUAUAGCGGUUGAGGGCAUUCACAGCCGACCGCUUAGACGGGUGAGGGCAUACCAGCCAACCGUUUUUAUGUGGUCCUUCUAGAUGGAUUUAGUGACCAACUGUAUUUUUACAUGGUCCGUCAUUUGUCCAGAUUAGUUUUUACAAUACCACAAUGACAAAGCGAAAACCUGUGAUUGUGUCGAGGCACAUAUCUGGGGAAGGGUACCAAAACAUUUCUGCAGCAUUGAAGAUCCCCAAGAACACAGUGGCCUCCAUCAUUAUUCUUAAGUGGAAGAAGUUUGGAACCACCAAGACUCUUCCUAGAGCUGGCCGCCCGGACAAACAGUGUAAUUGGGGGAGAAGGGCCUUGGUCAGGGAGGUGACCAAUAACCUGAUGGUGACUCUGACAGAGCUCCAGUUUCUCUAUGGAGAUGGGAGAACCUUCCAGAAUGUUUGUCAGCGGCAGGGAGUGGGAGACUAGUCAGUAUCGAGGGAAAGAUGAACAGAGCAAAGUACAGCGAGAUCCUUGACAAAAACCUGCUGCAGAGCACUCAGGAACUCAGACUAGGGUGAAGUUCCACCUUCCAACAGGACAACGACCCAAAGCACACAGCCAAGACAAUGCAGGAGUGACUUCGGGACAAGUCUCUGAAUGUCCUCGAGUUGCACAGCCAGAGCCCGGACAUGAACCAGAUCGGACAUCUCUUGAGACCUGAAAAUAGCUGUGCAGCGAUGCUCCCCAUCCAACCUAACAGAGCUUGAGAGGAUCUGCAGAGAAUGGGAGAAACUCCCCAAAUACAGGUGUGCCAGGCUUGUAGCGUCAUACCCAAGAAGGCUUGAGGCUGUAAUCGCUGCCAAAAAAAAUCUAAAUGUAUUUUUGCUUUGUCAUUAUGGGGUAUUGUGUGUAGAUUGAUGAGGAAAAAUGUAUUUAAUCCAUUUUAGAAUAAGGUUGUAACGUAACCAAAUGUGGAAAAAGUCUAGCGGUCUGAAUACUUUCCAAAUGCACUGUAUGCUCCCUGGGGCACUUCCUCAGGAAGUAUAGAGGAAGGAGACGGGAUUAGUUUGGGUCUGUUACUCAAAAUACUGAAUGUACAAUAGCAUGAACUCCCACUUAUUAGUUGCCGUUCAUCUUUUAAAGGAAUGCAUCUUCAUCACACCCCUUCAUCAAGUCUCAAGAAGGUAAUGGAAUAUAAAAUACAAAAUAAACAAAUUAUGAUUAAGCGUACUUGACCAACAGUUGACAUAAUUUGUAGAUACUGUGUGCCUUUAACUAUAAAUAAAUUAACAGGUUGCUUGACUGACACUCUCUGAUGGUAUGUCAGGUCGACGUGAUAGUGCUGGUUGGCUCUCACUCAAGGUUAAGUGCAUGUGAGAGUCUUUGUGCUUGCAGACACCUGCAGCCCACUUUUCACGUUUCCCUCUCCGCAGUGCAUUCCAUCUGGUGGAAAUGCAGUACCACUCCCUCAGUGGGAGGCAGUCUGUAGGUGAUUAACACAAUACAAGUGAAUAAGGGGAGGAAGAUAAAGUAGCUUGAAUGAAAGGGUUCUCAUCUUCAGGGGUGAACACAUGGCUAAUAACGAGAUACCCAGGUGUCCACGACAUGUUCAAUUAUUCUAAAGUUAAUCUACAAGUAAACUGUAUUUUGAAGCAUGGCUGUACAAAUUAAAGGCUGCCUUUUGAGACAAUAUUAUGUCAGGCUU